AUGACCCCGAUUACUAUCGCUCCAAUUGCCGCGGCAACGGAACCAACUGCUAUUCGACAUGUUUUGUUACAUGAUCCUGUACCGUCCGUUAAAUUCGGGAACGAUAUAUAUGAAGGUGAAAUACUUGGAACAUCAGGUAUUAAAGAAGAAUUAAAACAAUAUUAUCCACAAAAUGUUGAAGAAAAAAAUAAUCGUAACAGAAUUAUAUCAACAGAUCAAAGAACGGCAAUAAAAAGUUCAAAAGAAAAUAACGAAUAUAAAUUAUUAAAUGACGCUAUAGGACAACAAGAUCAAAUAUUAACAUUCGUACAAGAUAUAUAUAUGGCUGUACAAACGUUAGAAAAGAAUUGUAUUACAUUAAGCAAAUCAAUGGACGAAGAUGCUAAGAAAUUAUCAACAAUUGAAAGAAAUAGUACUCAAUGUACAGAAAAAAUGAAUGCGCUGGUCAAUAUGUUUAUGUCAAUAAAUAACAAUAAGAAAAAAACAAUGGCAACUCAGUAA